CGCGCGCGCGUGUGCGCGUGCUUGUGUGUAUGAGAAGAAUGAAGAGCGGAAGUAGACCAACCAUUUUGAAGUGGUGCAGCGGCUGGCGUGAUGGAUAAGGGCCAUACAGUAAAGCUCUUUGUGGGGAAUCUGGCCCUUGACACUACGCAAGAAGAACUGUCAGCCAUCUUUGAGUCGUAUGGCCAGGUGGUGAACUGCAGCGUCCUCAGGCAGUUCGCCUUCGUCCACUUGCAGGGAGAGGGAGCCGCUGAGCGUGCGAUACGCGAGCUCAAUGGCCGAGAGUUUAAAGGUCGCAACCUGGUGGUGGAGGAGUCCAAGGGACGCCCACUUCACUCCACCAAGGUUUUUGUGGGGAAUCUGAGUGGCAUGUGCACCACAGAAGAUCUGAAAGAGCUGUUCCAGACCUUCGGGAAAGUCUUGGAAUGUGACAAAGUUAAAGGUUAUGCCUUCGUGCACAUGGAGAACAAGGAGGAUGCUCUGCAAGCCAUCGAAGCCCUGCAUGGCACCUCGUUCAAGGGGCGGCCACUGUCCGUAGAGCUUUCCAAAGUCCAGCCCAGCAAACAAACCCCAACUGGAAAAAUCCCCUGUGUGAGCUGUGGUAAGCAGGGUCACUAUGCUGGUGAGUGUCCAAGUGGGAAACCCUCACUGGAGCAGUACCAGAGCCAGGCGGCAGUGCUGGCAGCUGCGGCCGCCGCCGCCGCCGGACUUCCGCUUCAGGUACAACAAAGCGUCCAUAACUCGGUCUACAAUACCACGACAUUUGACCCCACUUACGCUGCUUUGACUGGCCUGACUGCAGCUGGAGCGAGAGCGGAUGGUGGAACUGCAGUCGCACCGGCUGUAUACGGAGCUCUCGCUAACCAGGUGUACGGAACAGUCGCUAACCAGCUCUAUGGUGGUGCAGUAGCUAAUCAGGCACUUAACAGUGGUGCCACCGCAGCUGCAGCACAAGUCUACGGCUCUGUAAACCCAGCCCUCUACGGCCAGUUUUCUAACGGAUCGGUUGCAGCCGCCGCUGCAGCCGGCUACGCCCCGCAUGUUUACACCACCGCAAUGGCAAAUCAUGUCAUCUUGGCUGCAGCACCGACCGUGGACGUUCCUGCCGCUGCUGCCGCCGCUGCAGCAGUAAACCCGGCCUACACCGUAGCUCCAGCCCUCUACACGGCCAGCCCGGCCUACAGUGCCCUGGGAGCAGCUGAUCCGGCAGCCAUCUUCGAAGCAGCGAGGGCACAGUAUUUUGCACAAGGGCAGCAGGUGCUAACAGAGCAACAGGUAGCUAUGACAAAAUCUGGGGAAAGGGACAGGAGUCCACUCAGAAGAUCAGCAUCACUGCUGCCUGACCCAGUUAUGAAACCCUUUAUAUACCAAAGGGCAAAGCGCAGAGCGCUGCUGCCUACUCCUGCUGGCCGGGAAGAGGCUGCUGCACAGGAGGAGGAUCCUGUAGCCAGGUACUAUACGGAGUAUUACCAACAGUACCAGCAGCUCGCCCAGUACAUGCAGUACCCUGCCAUCCAUUACCAGAUGCCAAGCCAUUUGGCUGCAAUGUCUGCCAUCUCUGCUCUGCCUGGUGUUCCAGCCACACUCGACUCGCUCAGGCCAGUGCUGCCCGCCGCCCCCGUGCCCGCCACUGCUGCCAUCGCCGUGGCAACGCCCCGUGUGUAUGAGCCUCCGCCGAUUCCGCCGUCACGCAAGGAUCCCCUCCUGCGCCGCUCCGAACUCGCCCUGCACCCUCCCGAAACGCCCUUCCGAUAGUGUGCACUUCCUCCCACUGUUCCCUCUUCUUUCCCUUUGCGCCAUGUCUCUGACUGUGUGUCGACCAAGAGUGUCUGUGGUUUGUCUGUGGGCCUAGAGGUGUGUGCGUGCGUGCGUGCGUGCGUGCGUGCGUGCGUGUGUGUGUGUGGAUGCCUUGGCUUUUAAGGACUGGAUUCUCUGACCGUGGUCCUGGUCACACACCCAGUGUAGCUAACUAGGGUGAAGAAAGGGAAAGUGCAUGCUUACAUUUAUACACAACGUUACACAUCGUCGCUCUGUUUUAAGUCUUAACCUUAAACCAGCUGUAGGCAGCUUUAAGGUGUAGGCUAGAUCUUAAUUCUUGUGUUUUUAAAUGUAUUUUAUAUACAGUGCUCGUAACCUAUGAAUGAUGCUGUACUUGAGAUUUGUAAGAAUUGCUUAAAAUAGUUAGAGAAACUAUUAACCAGUUUACGUAUGUCUAUAUAAAUAUAUAAGCACAUAUGAAUUAUUGUCAAUUACUAUUAAUGAAUGUAUGUUUACUUUGGAGGUGUGUGAAGUUUUGGACCAGGGUUGGACACAGAGUCAAAUGAAUGGGAGCCUUAAGAGGAGGUGAAAGGACUAGAGACUGCCCCCUCUCCCUCUCUGUUUCUGUGGAUGGGGUCCCCCAAAGGAACAAGAAGGACAGUUAGGAUCGGACAGUGCACAGGAAGCUCUCACCAUUCAGGAACAGCAUCUCAAGAGCAUGGAGGAGAUAUCAGUACACAAAGACAUGUGGACAGGAUUGUAGAAGGGCAUCAACCCAGCAGUAUGAUCUGUAUCUGCUCCUUUGUGCUGGGAGUAGCACUGCCAGAGCCUUACAAAAUGACCUCCAGCUGGAUAUUGAUGUGCAUGUUUCUGACCCAACUGUCAGAAACAGAUUCCGCAAGGUGGCACAGUGCAGCUUGAUUGGUAUUCACCAGAGAACACCAGAAUUGGCAGACCGCCACUGGCACCCCGCUCUGUUCGCAGAUGUGAGCAGGUUCACACUUAGCACAUGAAGCGAGAGGAGACACCAUGGUGAACAUUACUCUGCCUACAACAUAUAAUUCAUGCAGAUUGGAUCAGUCUGUGAUUUACAUUUUUUACUUUGAUUUUCUGUGUGAUUUUAAAUCCAGGUUUUAAUGGUUGAUGAUUGUGGUUUUCACUGACAGUUAUGUCAGUUUGAUUAAAAAAAAAAAACAAUCACAAAUUAUCUCAGUAAUGAUUUUAUAUUACACACACAAACAUGUAAAUAAGGUGAGUGCUGGCAUCACCCUGCCCCUCUACUUCAAGAACUGUGUAACAUGUAAGUGGAAAUUAACAUGAUCAUGCUCAUAUCAACGGACAGUCAAAGCAAUUAAAUCCAUGAGAAAUAAAAUAAAAUAAAAAAACUUUUAAGGAAA